GGAGGUCGUGGGAAGGGUGCGGCGGUGCUGGGUGCUGCGGUGCGGGCUGAGCAGGGAAAGGGAAGGAUUCUGCCCAGGAGUGCUUAGCCUCAGUAGCAGCCCCUCUAAACUCUGAUUCCCGAGUAGCCUUCAUAAUUGGGAGGGAUGGGACCCACUGGUCGCUCCUGAUCAGGCUGUGUCCCAGUCGCGUGGUGUUGUGUUAGGAUGGCUAGUGACAGCAGGGGCGGUCCCCUCUCCUGAAUCAGCGGAGGCGGAAACUUGACACUUCGGAUUUGGGAGUGGCUCUCUCCUUGCCUGGUGCUUAUAAACUUCAGCCUCAGGGCUCCAGAUCGGUUAGCGGCACCCGGCUUCUUUCCCCGGUCAAUCUGUGUGGACACCAUUUCCUGCUUUGGCACACUAAUGGCAGCAGAGCCUCUGACUGAACUGGAGGCGGCCAUUGAGACCGUUGUCACUACUUUCUUCACCUUCGCAGGGCGGGAAGGACGCAAAGGCAGCUUGAGCCUCAAUGAAUUCAAGGAACUGGUCACCCAGCAGCUGCCUCAUUUGCUCAAGGACGUGGGCUCUCUAGAUGAAAAGAUGAAGAGCUUGGACGUGAAUCAGGACUCGGAGCUGAGGUUCAGCGAGUACUGGAGACUGAUUGGGGAGCUGGCAAAGGAAAUCCGGAAGGAGAUCCGGAAGAAGUAAAGCCCGUGUCGCUGUCGGGAUGGCGGCGCGGCCGGCAGGGCCUGCUGGGCAGGGCCAGGCAGCACUCCACCCCCCAAAAUAAAGCUUCCUCCUUGAAACACGGA